UACAUGUAAUGCAUGUAAAAUAUAUUAAAUUUUAACUUUCUUCAAUAACUAAUAGAAAAUACUAAACUUUUUAAUGAUGUUGUAAUAGUUUGAGAUGUAGUAGUAGCUCUAAAUAAAGAGCUGGAAAAAGAUAAUUCAGAAUAUAUGGAAGGAAAAAAGAUCAAUUUUACUGAUUCUUCACUGGGGAAAUUCAUUUCCAUUUCAGCUGCUAGUUAAAACUGGAGGCAAAAACUACAAAACAAGAAAAAAAAAACAAUAAAGACUACACUAUGUAAACCUUUCACAUGUACAGAAUUAAUACAGUGUUCAGAAUUGCAUUUAAAAAGUCUUAAAGAGCAACAGCGUUAGAUUAUAAUAUUGCACUUUAAAAGGUAAAUAGAGUAACUGUAAUGCAUUAUGUCAUGGUCACAUUUAAAGUCUGACUCAUGAAGAAGGGAAGGACUUGCAUUAACGCUUCUUCUUGCGCUGUGGUUUGCUGUAGGAGCUGCUUAAGGCCUCAACUGUCAGGUUGAAAGCUGUUGUCCAUGACUGAUGGCAGCUUGGCAAACAUCCUCCUUUAAUCCACCUCCUCAGUGGAGUCCAGGACAGAGCUGGUCCUGCUGAUCAGGUUAUUCAGUCUCUUCCUGUCCCUCUUAGUGCUUCCAUAUUCCCAGAAGACCACUGAAAGACUGCAGAUGUACGGUGUCUAUAAAAAGUCUUAACAGCGUCCUGCACAGUCCAGAUGACCUCAGUCUGCUCGGCACAUGGAGAAGACUUUGGCCCGUCUUGUUGGGAAUAAUCCAGUUUAUCACUGAAGUGAACACCCAUCUCAGUGUCUGGUGAUUUCCCCGGAGUAAUAAUAUGGCAUGAGACUGUUUUAAAACUUUUUAAGAUAUAAAAGGAGGACCCAGAAAAUGAAAGGGCUAAUUCAAGGCGCAACAACAGCACAAUCCUUUACAACUUUACAUGUUGCUUUAAAGCCCGUUUUCACACAUUUGAGACAUUCUUUGUGACUUUUUUGUCACUUACCUCCUAAGACGCAAAGUAAACACACCUGUGUUUCACCCGUCACCUACAAAUAGGACUUCCCUCUGAUGUUUUCUGUCACUUCAUCAUGGAUCAGAUCAGAUUAAACAUCCUGCUCAGAACUAAUGUUUUACAGUGUUUUAUCACAACGACUGUGUUUUCCAUUCAGAAACAAGAAUGGAUUGAUGCUCCAACAGCAAAAUUAACCGAAGAGGAUGUGACGUGUUUUUCUGAAUACAUGGAGCUGUGGAUCCACAGUGCGAGAAUCGAAGGGCUCGGAGUCUGGCUGUCUGGGGCUUUACAGAUCCAAGUCAACCUCGCGUCUCUGGAUCACCUUAACCUCCAGCUGUCUGUCUGUGGAUUCUCCCUGCACAAAAACCACAACAACAACUUCAUUUUUACAGUCAGCUACACUGGAUGUUUGGUCCAGCAACAGCACGGAUUUAAUAUCCUCACACUGAACCUGGUGAAAAGGAUGAAUCGAUUCGAAGGAAGACCUCACAGUUUGGUCAUGAAGUGUCCAGUAGUUUCAAUCCAGAGCGGAGAACAAAUCCAGUGUGACCCCGAGUAUAUUCAGGUGAUCAGACAAGUUCCCCGUGGAAACUGGGAUAAUGAGCUGCCGUGGUCUCUGUCUCUGAGCGACCACCUCAUAGUGGCGCUGGAAGAUGCCAGUUUGAUCCAGAUGAACGUGGACGUGACUGCAGCAGACAUCACAGUUCAGGGCAGGAGGAGAGAGAUCUUAAGUCCAGUCAAAAUAAUGGAACACGAGGGGGAAUUUUUGGCCUUGAAGCUGGUCAGGGGUCAGUUUGCCUACAGCAUGGAGGCAACAUGUCCAAAAGUGAUUCCAUCCACAGCAGAGACGACUGUGCUGCAUAUUUUCAAGCGCCGCAUGGGUUUGACCAAACGAGGCAGGUCAUACAAUGAAGCUCUGACUGUCAGCGACGUGUCCAUUAACCAGACAGAAAACUUCACCAUGAAAGAGACGAGUCAAUUUGUGACUCUGACUCUUCCCACAGCACAAAUACUCCAAUAUAAGCCCUGCGCAGACAGCAAACAGCUCAUGCAGCCGUUCUACAGGGCGGAUGUUGUGCUCACCUUCAAAGAGACAAAUCACAAAAUGCACUGGAGCAUGGAGAACACACUGCCAUGUGUAGCUCGGCCUGAUGACACGUCGUCACACAUCACAUCUUCUCCUGGUCCAAACAUCUCAGAUCUGUCCAGGCUCAACCUCAGACAUGAGAAUGUAACUACAGGAGCUCCGUUCUUGGACUCGUCCGCCGUCCCCAAAGAGAAACCAAAUCGCAGAGAUUCAUUUAAAGAGAACACUGCAGGGUUUUCCACAACUAAUUCUCCUCACAUACAGACAGAUGGCAGCAGUUUUAAUUUUAACACUGAUGACAUUCCAGAGAGUUAGAGUGGAAAUGGAUCCUCCAGGUUUGAUAAUGACACCGUCGCCUCCAUGAAUGCGACUGAAAUAAGCUUUUUUGAUUUUCUACAUCCAGCCACAAAUACCUCAGCAGAGCCAGAUUUACUUGAAACAAAAGCCAACAGCAGAAACAUCCACAAUGUCUUUCACUACACUGGUUCCAACUGAACAAAAAGACCAACAGUUCAACACAAGCGUCGGGAAUAAAGAACAGCAAAAGCAGAGAAAGCAGAAGUAGACUUAGAAGAAUAAGCAACCUGAUAAUACAGGGUGUCCCAAAAGAUUUCACAUCAUUUUAAAAGCAAUUGUCUUGAAAACUACUAAGUCUAGCUCAAUGAAAUUGAACAGUUUAGGUGUUGAACAUCAUAAGUUUAUUAUUUUUGGUGAAGUUUUUCCAAAUUUUGCAUUGAAGAUACGCUGCACAGUCUUGGGUGACUGUGUGUGAGCAUAUUCCAAGACGCAAAAUUACUUCUGUUUGGGAGUGAACGGCAUGGCUCAACCUGAAAACAGAACAAAAAUAAAACAUUAAAUAUAAAAUCUUGAUCUGUUUCUAUACGUUCUGUCAAAAUGUGAGGUUAUUUCAACAAGAAUUGCCAAAAUGAUUGGCCUGCGAAAUGAUGUCAAAUUUUUUGGGACACUCUGUAUUUGUAGUAUUGUCGCAACUCUCUCAUCCAGUACGGUUGCUGCAAGCAACACUUUUCAGUGUAUUUUAGUACUACUUGCAUGUUUUUUUCAGGUGUCAACUUCACUUUAGAUUAACUUCAACAUAAAAAAUAUAGUUCAUAUCAUAAUAGUGAAGAACUUAUGUUGAAAAAGAACAUUUCCACCAUUAAAAGCAUCAUCUGACUUUAAAAAAAUGCAAUUUUCCCCUUUAUUGGUUUGUUUAUUUCAUUUUUUUCUAAACCUUACUAGACUUGACUUACAGUUUUAGUGUAGUGCCAGACUUUUUCUUUGGCUUGACAAAGAGGAACAAUAUUGGCAAUACCAGUAGAAAACACGCACCUGAGCAAAAUGGUUAAAACUAGCAAACCUGCUGUACGAUUUACCAUAGAAGUUGUAGUUUUAAUACAUUCAAGACUGUAUAGUGAUUAACAAAUAUUUUUAGCUUGGCGCAGUAUUAUGUUUGAGGAUUGAAAUGGGAGAAAAAAAUAACGGUGCGAUCAGACAACAUAAAAACACAAAACUGCAACAUAAUGUGAAGGAAGCAAAUCUGCUACAACUCUCCUCUAUAAAUAAGAACAUUAAUAGUAAAAUAUCAUCCUUCCUAUUAACUAGACAACUACAUUUGUAUAACAAAAUGUUCAUAACCAACAUCUUUGAUUUGAUUAAAUAAAUUAAAUGGCAGGAAAAUGCGUAUAAAUAUAGAGAAAGGAACACAAUUGUCCAUUUUUACUUCAUUUCAAGAAUUAGGUUUUCAGUUUACGCCGAUCUUGACUUGUGGUCCAACAUGUUCAUGGGACAAAGUGGGAUUAAAAGAGUGCUACUAGAUGUAAGGGAGGAGAAAACAUUCAAGCAUUAAACACCAGUGGAAAUAAAUCUAUCUGUAGUACAGUACAUUGUUAUUGUAGUGACAAUAAUGCAUCUUGUUCUAAAAACAUGUUUGUUUUUUUUGUUUUUUUUUUGCAGAAAGUAGUUUGUUUGGUUCCCAGAAUGUUCUUCUUUAAACAUUUGUUGAAUGUUACAUUGAAAACAUUCCUCCUUUGUUAUCACGUAACAUUGUGAUAAUGUUUUAUGGACUAUAUUACACUGUGGAACACUGUGAAAACGCUUUAUAGAUGAAAGGUUGGGAAGCAGAGUGGUGUAACCGACUUUCUGUAGUUUUUGUGUUUUCAAGAAUGGUCUAACAUUGGAAACAUCACUCUAACGCUAUAUUUGGGUUGUGGAUUUAGACCACUUUGAAACUAAAAUCUAGACCAUAAAAUGUUACAGAAAUGAUAUAAAACUCAGUUAUACCACUCAACAACUUCCCCAAAACAUCCGCAAAAUAUUGCAGGGAAAAUGUUCCACCUUUGUUAGUAGGUCACAUUACAGAAAUGUUUUAGACUUUAAAUCAUCCGAGGCCUCUAUAAUUUCUGGAAAACAUUUUUUGAAUGCUGCUUUGAGAAUGUCCUUCUCACGUGUGUCUUGUAUUAUUAAGUUUCAGUUCAUUUUUAACAUUAAAGGAACAUGAUCUGAGGGUUAAAUAUCCUUAAAACAUUCUUCAAACAUUAGAUUCUAAUGUUUUCUUUAAAAUAUUAUUAGAACUUGUAAGUAAUGUUAGCCAAUGCUUGCUGGGAAGGCCUUCUGAUCCUUUUAUUGUAGUUUCCAUCGGUGCCACAUGCUUAGCGUCUGUUUGCAGUUGUGAAAAGGUGACGCGUUGGUCAGCGAAGGUUGAUUAUACAAGCAGAAAUACAGACAGACCUCUGCCAGCUAUUGCCUCAGGGUAGAUAUUAUCCAGACACAGGGAAGGCAGGCGUUAAAUAAACAUGUCUCUAUCCGAGCGGCACAACAGGCUGAUGAAGUGAAGACCCUGCAGUAGUUUCAGCUGAUGCCACCCUUCAGAGAAGCUGCCCUGUGCUGCUGAAAUUCACAAUGAACACUUCAUUUUUUGAUAACUCAGACUAUCUGCUUGUCAGUGAUGAUCUGUAGACUUGAGAUGAGAUUUAUGCUUUACAAACGUCUUUUUAUCUUCUUCGUUAAAAGAAAUAAAGUGUCUG